CUGAAGCAUAAAGACAUGCGACGUCUCGGGUGCAACGGCCGUCAGAGUCAUUGAACGCUUGCAUUUUCCUGGCCAAAACGAUAAAACGUGAAAACGCUAAAACACUAAACCGCUAAAACGCAGCUCCCAAAAUCGAGACAGUGCCAGCCGAAAGUGGGCUUACUCAAUAAACUUUGGUAAUAAAUUAAUAAAUAAGAGCCAGAAUGGUGCUGGCCACGCCCCCUGUGAGUAAGGGCGGAAACGCGGGCGGCUGCUUCAUGGACCAGUACCAGCAGUACUCGGCCCACUGUGAAACCGCGGACAGUGGCAAUGGCAGUGACCUGGAGAGCACCGGGUUGCCCACCAAACCGGAUGACAGCGAGGAGAGUGGCCCCUCCUCCCUGGGCAGCGACUCGAUGCACGGGAGCAGCACGGAGUACGUGAGGCAGGCGGCCUCGCAGCCCAGUGGCCAGCGGCAGCGGCAGAAGUCCCUGAGGGUCCUGGGAGCCCUGCUGCCCGACAGCCUGCUCAGGGACAUUCGCGAUCGCAGGAGCACCGAGUACGUGGUGACAUUCUCGCAGCCGGAGGACGAAAACAAGAUCCAGACCCCGGACAAGACCGCCGAGAAACCCAGUGCCUUUCGCCUGGCCCGCGAAUCGCUGAGCGAGGAGAAAAUCGAGGAGCUGCGGGCCGCCGUGGAGCGGGCCAACUUUGUGCAAACCGGUGAGGAGACGCUGGACAGCAUCGACGCCACCUCACAGUCUCUGCCAGGCAGCAGCAACAUCGGCGGACACCGCGGCAGCAUCAACUACAAGUAUGCAGACGACCAAUACUACAGCUUUCACAUCAACGAGCACGAGAACUUCGGCGGGUUCUCGGGAAACGGAGACGAGGCGGACAGCUCAAGGGGAGCGGGCUCGGGGACGGGGUCCGAGAGCGGGAUCCUAACGGAGCAGCAAGACCUCUUCGCCGGCUACCGGGACGUGCGGUGUGGGCCCAGUUCCACCCAGUCCACCAUCCGCUCUGCCAAGGGGACGGUGCGGGGCGUCAAGAAUCGUGUGCGCAAUGGAAUAGCCACGUUCUUGCAGCUCCACCAGCAGCCCAAUGCCAAGAAUUUCAAGGAGAAAGACCUCGGGAAGGUGGUCCUGUACACCACCAGCAUGGGCAUCAUCCGGGAGACCUACACCAAGUGUGCCAACGUGAAGCAGAUCCUGCGCACCCUGCUGGUGAAGUUCGAGGAGCGGGACGUCUUCAUGAGCGUGGAGUACCAGGCGGAGAUGCGCCAGCGGAUGCAGAGCGGCCAGGUGCGGGUGCCCCAGCUCUACGUGGAGGGCCAGCACAUCGGGGACGCCGAGACCGUGGAGCGGCUGAACGAGUCCGGCGAGCUGCGGCAGCUGCUCAAGCCCUACAAGUCGAUGGCCAGCACCUACACCUGCCAGACCUGCGGAGGCUACCGCCUACUGCCCUGCCCCUCCUGCAACGGGUCCAAGAAGUCCGUGCACCGCAACCACUUUACGGCCGAGUUCGUCGCCCUCAAGUGCAUGAACUGCGACGAGGUGGGCCUGGUCAAGUGCCACAGCUGUUGAGGCCCAGCCGCAGUCCCAGCCCCAGUAGUCGUAAGCCCAGUUAGUCUUAGCCACCCAAGUCCCGCAUUCGGAAUAUCCUAGGCCUAAGUAGUAAAUAGCUAAAACGUACAAGGGAUUGUGUUUUCAUUGGCGGGCGGGAUAUCUCGGGAUGUUUUAAAAUUAGAACAUUUACUCUUAAAUGCAAAAGGUCUUCUUUUUCAAUCCACAUUUUUUUGUGUAUUCGGUUUCGAUAUUAUUUUUAUAAGCCUGGUAGUUAAACAGCAGAAGGACACUGUGCUAUUGUUUGUGGGAUGGGAAAAUAUGGGUUAAGUAAACUACUAAUAACUUUAUUCAUUAGUUAAUCAUUUUAGAGGCAUUUAUUUUUCUGUUCAUAACCACUACUUUCAUAAUAGAGCUUACAAAAUAUUAAAUUUAGUUAUUUAGCUUGAUUCGUCUUUCUUUAUGUAUUUCGGCUUUGCAAAUUGUAUAAAAUAUAAGUGUAAUAAAUGUAUGCCCCCAUAAGUAGUCGAGGGUACUUAAACAAACUUUAUUGUUCGAUUCUUAUAGAUUAAAAAAACCCAAUAAGAAUAUGAAGCCUUGUAAGUAAUUAUGUAUAAGUCCUAACUUUAAGCUAGUGAAACUAAGAAUUCAGCAAUAAAUAUAAACUCAACGAA